AGCAACCCUCUGACGCAUGCGCGCUGCACGAGGUCGAUAGCGGCAAGCGUCAGUACGCGGCGCGCCGCCCCAAGAGCGCGCCGCACGGUAUCAUGACGCGGGCCCCGCUCGCGUUGCUCCUCCUCGCCGCUAUAACACUCAGCUAUGCCGAGAAGAGUAAAUUCUAUUACAUGGACUCCUUAUGCAAGGACCAUUUCUUGCAACGGCAAUACCGCAAGCUGGACGGCGGGGUGCUCUGGUCGCGGAACGAGCGUAACCUGGACUGCACGGUGACGUUCCAGACACACAGCAUCCUGCAGCGGUUCAUCCUGCACUUCGACCUGCUGCAGCUCGACUGCAACGACCACCUGUACGUUUAUGAUGGGGCGCAUGACACGGCGCCGCCGAAGGCGGACCUAUCAUGCCGCAACACGAAGCAGCAAGUAUCAGUGCUGUUCACUAGAAGCAACUUCGUGACGCUAAAGUACGUCACGGACAACUGGGGCACCGACGCCAAUGGGUUCAAGCUUGUCAUCACGGCAGUUAAGGACCCUAAACACGGGUGCAAGGAGUUCAGGUGUGAACAGAGCAAGUUCUGCGUGAGCGCAGACUUGACAUGCGACGGUGUGGACCAUUGUGCUGAUGGAUCUGAUGAAAACACCGCGGCACUAUGCCCAGAGAUUGGCGGCAGCGGCGGACGCGGCGCGUGGGUGGUGGUGGCGGCUGCGAGCGGCGCUAUGCUGCUGCUGGCAGGCGCUGCCGGCGCGUGCUGCGCGUGCAGAAGGCGUGCAGACCGGCGCACGCAUCUACAGUUACAACAACUGGCGUCUAACGGCGCCAAGCCCGGCUCACCGGCCACCGUGCUGCCGGGAAACUGGGCGCUCCCUGCGGGCCCGCGCGGGUACCUGGCGCGCCCGGGCCGCCUCCGGGCGCGGGCGCUGCGCUGAGCGCCCCGCACAAGGACGAGUGGUUCGUCUGAGGCGGCCCGGUCGGGCCCGCAGGGCGGGGGCGCCGUACCGG